AUGCCUCCUCCUUCGCAGCUCGCAAUCGCUACCUCAGCGGUCAACCGCCUUGUCAAGGAAGAAGCAAGCUACCACAAGGAGCUCGAACAGCAACAAGCCCGCAUCGAAAAGCUCAAGCAGGCUAGCAGUGAUGAAGAAAAUGCUGAGUGGAACUUGAAGCAGGAGAACAGAGCACUGGACGAGACCAAAGCCAUGUUCCCUCAAUUGCGCAACCGCAUCCAGGAAUCUUUGGCCAAGCUUGAACACCAANNCUUCCCCGAAGAAGUCACAAAGGCAAAGGAUGCCGUAGCAUCGGCCAAGAAUGCCAUCAAGGAGACUUCUUGA